AUGACAAAGGAAUCCUCACUUUUUUCGGAGAUACCGGGACUGCCCACAGCCUACGCCAUCGGCAGUAACAAUGGCGGCAAGGCCGCAUGCUUCCGAUGCGGGAGGAAGGCGUUGGAGGGAGCCGCGGGAUGCAGUCCGGGCCGCCUCGAUGGAAGACGCCGACCGCACACGCUGUCAGCACCAGGAAUGGUUUGGAACAACGACAACGAAAUGACCCUGCUCUCAGAGAAGCACCAUCUACAUGCAACCAACAACAUCGACAGCAGUACGCAAAUAAAGACAAGUAUUUCUGAUCCUGACAGCUAGUAGCACAGAGGCUGAGGGAAUGCAGGGCGACUGGCUGACUAACGAAAUCUGGGAGAUCCACGGAUAUGACGACCGGGGUAAGAUGAAAAAUCUCCACAUUGUAAUCAAAGCAGUCUUCGACCCACAAGCCGAGGAGACUGCGCCACUGAUAAACCAGGAUAGCGUGACCCUUCAGAUGCAGAAGUCACAGGUCCUGGGUACGGGGUCGAACGUCUCCAGGGGCGUUCUUAAUCAUCCGUUGACAAUAUGCUCAGAAGACAUCAAUCGACUUCCUCACGUGGAGAGCAACGGCGAUCUCGACCUUCCACCAUUUGUCCCUGAGACAGUCGGAGCAGUGCAGCAGCUCUCCAGAUGUAAUUUCAGCAAAAGUUUACAAGUAUGGCGAUGGACAACUAAUGAAGAAACCUACCUUAGCAUGCCAGAAGACGUUACUUCAAGCACAAGGCCCACAAGACUUCAGGGAUACGCCAGGGGAACCGGCAGCAGGGCAGCAACUGCAGGGAUACUUUUCUUCAAAACAUCACAAAAUAUUCUUGCCUGUCUUCCAAGUCAACCGAAUAGCCGCUGUCAGGGCGGAGAGAUAGACCCACAAGAUUCAAGUUCUCUGAAACGUAGACGUCAGCACCCUACUGGCCUUGCUGGUCGUUAGCGGAUCCAGCGUGAUGUCAGCAUGACUAUAGUGCUUCUCAUCUCACAACACAUCACCACUGUCGCCACCACUAGCAACGCCAGUGGGAAACUCCUGCCGACCCGCAAAGCCGACACCCUGGGGAGUCCGAAAUGCUAUAGGAUUGUGUCGCAUGCUAACCAAUAUUACAACCCCUCCUAAGUAAUCCUCCCUAAUCCAAAACGAAUUUGAGAAUUUCAGCCAGCAUUUCAUGAGACCGGUCGCACACUGUAGACUCCGUGGCACUAUAACGCCUGCCAGAUCCGAGUCUGAUGCGCCUUGUGGCGUCUGACACGCACAGAAGAACCACUCUAAUCCUGUGCAGCACUGCACCCAGUCUGCGGGCUCGGGCAAUGUACUGCGACAGGAGAAAAGGCAGAGAGAGCGUGUGAUCGACUCUGGAGACUCCGUGACCAUGUUACACCAGCGUUUUCCCCACAAUAAUAAAAUAGACGUUCGUGAAUAUCAAAAAACAAACGCUCAAAGCCGUUGUCAGAGCAAGAAGAACAGUCAGCAGCUAAUGGCCUCACAGUAGACGUGUUAUCUCAUGAAAUGCUAACCAAGACUCCGAAAUAUGACCUCGAUUCGAGAAUAUUACUUAAGCGGGGCUGUAAUAUUAAUCCCUAUGCAACAUUAUUCGAAGAAAUCUCAUUCACAUCAGGAUGCCGGCCUUUAAAUGAGCUACAUCCUGUAAAGACGACUUCUUAAAUACCAUGAAUCUUUCCGAUUAUUUUUCGAUUCACUUAUAAAUUUACAUACCUUACGUAAAGGACAUCUAAAAAAGGUUUUCCCUUGUAUUCAUUUGGUAGCAAACUGCGUACUUUUCAAAGUUUCUUCUCAAAAAGGGCGCACCUUUCAGUUAAAAGAAAACUUUCUCAAUCCCCUUGUAAUGUUUUGGUUCACCUGUCGUUACACUUGCAUUCCGGACUCCCACAUUCUAUGGUGUAUAUAUUCUGUCAAGGAAAUACCACCAAUUUCCAUAUGCUAUUAGGAAGACGUCAUAUAGGACUCAUAGAAUUUUUCAAGGGGUGUGAACCAGGUUAUAAGUAGUAUGUAUAAGUAGUCCUAAGAAACGUGCUGGUGCGACGCUUCACGAAUGAAAAUUUCGCUGUCUUAAAAAUCUUAUGACUAGAAACUCUUCGAAAACCGAACUAUACUUCAUCGUCAAGUACAAAGUCUGGAAGAGACGCGAUUCGCAACCAAAUAAGGGCAUGCAAGAAUAUUUUUGUGCAUGUUUCCUUUAUGAUAUAAUAUUUGAAUUUAUAAAAGCACCAAAGGUUGAUGGGAAAAAUUCAUCCUGCUUAAGUAGUCAUUUUGCAGAGGCUGGUUCUUGUGCACGAUCGAAAAGGGUUCGUUCAAAGAUGAGCAUCCUGAUGCGACCAAAAUAUCUAAGGAUUAUGCUGCGUGUUAAGAAAUAUUAAAACACUUCUUAAGUAACCUUUUCGGAUCGAAAACAUAUUUCGAAAUUUCAGAAGAUGAAACGUCCACCGUGCUCUGGUCUGCACAAGUUAUUACCCAUCUCUUAUGUCUCGAUAUUCUUUGACCGGGUGGUUUCUGAAAUUUUGUUACUUCACUGUAAACUUCACUCAUCGCCUUCUGUCAAAACGAGAAGAAUUCCUUUCGAAAUAUCUCCCGAAUUAUUGAGUUUCCAGAUGUGUGUAGUGCUUCCAAAGCAAAGCUGCUGUUAUACCUUAAUUACGGACGGAGACGACCGUUCGAAUUUCGUACCCGCAUCUGGAUUAUUUUAAAUCCCUGGCACGUGCGGACGACAAAGAGAACUGCGUCAAAAUUUUGCAAAUACACACCUUGCGGAUUUUUACAAAAGUUUAGAGCGACCGCAGUACAUUUGGCAGGAAAUGAACUUCGCCUUUGAUCUUAACUGAGAUUUUUCGACUAAGCAUAUACAUCACACGAAGUAUCUGUUUAGGAAUGACACCGAUUCCAGCGCUGAAGGACAAAAGAUGGAUUAAAGAGUGUUUUUGGCGAUUUCUGUCAGUGAUAUAUUAUGUUGGACCAUCACCAGUCUUCUUGACUCUGUCAUGACACCGGGUUUAGGUGAGCGAGUUAGGAGAGAGCGCGGUAAAUUCUGCCCACACUACAAACUAAUUCACACGCAAGUUACUGCUAUGGAGCACACGAUGGACCUUGUCGGAAUCGAAGGUCAAACCGAUUCUGGACGGAAUACAGACUUAAUUUAGUGUAUAUAGUAUUUUAUGCCUAUCGUCGUUCAGCUUUGGCCAGAAGACAGAGGCAUUAGAACGAGUGUGUUUUGGACUACAGUGAUUGAGUGCGUGCAGCCACGGUAACUAGGUUUAUGUUAACUAAUCUUAACUGAUCGGCAGUCUACGUUAGAUGCCAAGUAAAGGACAAAAGCUUCCGACGAUACGAAGAAAAGAAGUCGCCUUCUAAUGCCUCGCUAGUAACGAACCCUCCUGCUAUACAUUCAACGGAGUAUUUUUUCGAAAAAAUCUUUAUUGGAUGUUCUUUGAUGCCAUAAAGAAGUGCCUAACUGUUUUAUAACCUAAACAAAUGUUUGAACACGCAUUAAGCAGCUCACAGGCUUCAAGAAUUAAUUCGAAACUUCAGUCAAAUAAAAUGUUCCAACGAUCAGUUACCGCCCGUCCAUCGGUUUCCCGUAAGUAAUUUUUCCCUUGUGUCGACAAACCCAACUCGCAAAACAUGCUAGCCUCGUCAUGAUGACAUUCGAAUUGUAGGCUGGUUGAUCGUACAAAGAAUCAAAAUACAUCAGUUAUUUGCUAAUAAACAGACGGGGGAUGCGGUUAAUUUGGCAGGACGCCGAUGCUUUCUGACAAAACGGUAUACCCUGCGCAGGGUAGGAAAGGACGUAAUAUAACGACAAAAGCAGUCGAUAAUUCAUUAAAAAUUCAUUUAAUUAGACGCUUGACUGCGCAAAGGAAAGCCACAUAGCGAAAACUCAUGAUAACCGGGAGACAAUAAUUAAUUCAGCGAAUAAAAGGGAAUGCACGCGAUUGCCCGGAACAGUCGAAUUUAUCUGAACUUCGAAACUCGCACAGCAACCCAGCGCCCAGAAACAAUGAAGCAUCAGUACCGAAGAUGCAGUCUCUUUUUUGGUCCAUCGCUGACUUCAACCAGGUGUGUUCUUGGUUAAGAAGGGAGCCGCAAAAUCUGGCAGUGUGCGUGUAUAGCCUGAUAUGUGGGGAGAGACUCGGUCCCUAUGCGGCUUCGGCUGAAGGGGUGACUUGAGUCCGAGACUAUCCCGACACGUCAAGCGUCGUGGAUAGGACGGUUGCUGAUUGACGCCCGCUCUCGGCUCACGCAGUUCGUCGCGUUGUGUGUGUUGUGUGGAGUGGCGGACUGGUGGGCUGGGGACGGGCUGAAGCAGCACCUUCCACGGCCCUCUCACGCAAGUGAUAGACACGCCGUUCAACCCCCGUUGUGUGAAAUCCUGGUGUUUGUGCGUGUAUGGGGGGCCAGGUCGUGCUGUGGCGCGCGCAGGCAUGGUCAGUCGACCAUGUCAGCCACCGCGCCCAUUUCCCACUCCAGUUUGCUGACCGGCUCGGAAGGCGGCUGGGGUGUGGGGAUGGGAAGGCAGAGUGAGGUCGACGAUUCAGCGCACUUUCCUCACUAUAAACAAUCUGACGCGCUUGAAGCUAUCACGGUGCGCUAAAAGCCGUGGCUUGUAUGAUUGCCAACUAAUGGGGUAACUUGGACCUCCUCCUUGACCGGUGGUGGUCUGAGAGUCAGGCUCCAAUGGCUCCUUUUUAAUGUGGCCGUUAUGGCACUUCCACCACAGCGUGGGAUCCGAGCCAGGCGUUGGCGGCACGCCUAGGUGCGGCUUCGGUCGUGUCAGCCUCCAAAAUCUUUUGUGUUGGUUAAAAUCCUGGUUAUUUGUUGUGUGGACCAAGGGGUGUGGUGGAACGCCAAGGCGAGGAUCCGUCCGAGCCAUCCACCUGCGGCCUCCCUCGUCUCCGGCCUUCUUGACUCUGUCUUGACACCUGGCUUAGACGGUGGAGGAGGAGGAGGAGGAGAGAGUGCAGGUAGAUGCAGCGCAAGUCUACCGGCACUAUAAACCCCUGCUCAAGUCACCGUCCCUGCUCUCACCGCUGCUAUAGCUAUGGGGCACACGGUGGACAUCGUCGAAAUCGACGGUCGAACUGUCGUUUCAUGUGGGGAGAGGAUCUGUAUGUAAAUGUACAGAUUUGCUGCCACAGGUGCAGGCUUCCAGUAGCUCUCUCUCCCUGUCCUGUUAACUGUGCGUGCCAUUAUCCGUCUGCCAGCGACAUCGGAUUCACUGUCCCCGUCCGAGACGUGGGCAGUGCCUCGGCACAGCGAGCAGGUCACCCCUUCAACAAACGGCUUGCUUGUGCUUGCGUAUUAAUGCGCCAAGUCGUCGUGCCGUCUUGCCUGGGGGGGGGGCGAAGGCGACUGUGGCAUGGAAUCUGAUAAGGUGCGCCAAAUUACCCCUCUGAUCACAGUCGUUCCUUCAACCGCAUAAUUCUUUUGCGCAUGUGGUAGUUGCCGAACGACGGGCCAAACUCUGCUCUGUUGCCGCUGUGGCCGAAAAGGCUAGAAUUUUAGCGACUCUGCCUCUACUCUUUGUCCUCCGUGGGCGUGUACGAAGGCAGCGGCUAAUGAAGCCGUUUCUGGGUAGCCGUUUCUGAUUGCUGGGCGCGGUUGCUGCAGGAGUGUCCGUACUCCUUUCUCCGUGACGCUGCGGCGUGUUUUUAUCUUUCAACAGGAGCUCUAACACAACUGCACUUGUGUGCCACUGGUCUCGGCCACGAUAUAUGCGCAUAUGGAUUGUGUUAAACACCUUUGAAUACAUUGUGGCGCAGUGGGUCUGCAUCUGACGUGGACGUCCUCAGAGAAACGAUUUAUCAGACGCGGACGUUGGGCUUAUGGACUUUGGGCCAUCCAUAGAAUCCGGUCAGUACUGUGUCAUUCGGUUGUAUCUGCCGCCGUUGGCUUGGAAAGAGUAUGUUUUUGCGCCUGAGCUGAUUCAAAACUCAAGUAAGCUGACUGAUCAUCGGUUUGACGAACGGCGGAGACGUGUGCCCCUAGGAGUACUAGUUAAUGAGGAAGACUUUCGUCUUCUUCCUUGUAGUUGGUGCUCUCUCUUAGUCAGCAGUCCGCACUGUGAUAUCCAGAGUUUGACAGAACCUUUCAAUCCAACAGAUUCAAUAAGAAUAUGGUGAGGGUAAUUACAUGACUAAAUAUCAAAUUUAGUCCGCAGAGCUCGUGAAACCAGUGCGAUUACAUUCAACGUUUCCGAAGAUUUCUGUCAUGUAGUCCUUCUUAAAUGACUGGAUUAAUGUCCGCUCAGGUUACUUUGAAGAAGUAGAAGAAGAAAGUUUGCUAUUAUUCCUGUCUGAUGACUGAAUAUCUCUUCGUACCCUACACUUACAUUAGGGACCCCUCAUAAGAUAUCGCAAAAUUCGUAAGAUCAGUCGGAUGAUCGGACGUACGUCCCUAGAGCGGAUCACGCGGUAGAGGCGAUGGACCAACGCAGGGACUAUAUAGGACUCCUGGGGGAGGGGUUAACGGGAACGCGCACUCAAAAAUACUUUGGGUGUGGCGGCACGCCCAGCUGCAGGCUCACGUCACGCCAAUUUGGGUCCGUGUCGCGCCUUAUUUUCGUUAUAAUAUAAAAUCCUGAUCAGUGUCCGCUGUGGACCAGGAGGUGUGGUGGUACGCCUAUGUGGGGGUUUGCGGCGUGUCAGCGACCUGCGUCAUCUCCCAUCUCCAGUCUUCUUGUUAACGGAUCCAGGCAGGAGAGGAGGGGCGGGUGCGGUAGAUUCUACACAAGUCCACUCUUACCUUAAACAGAUUCACGCGCCAAUCACCGUCCCUGCUCUCACUCUGUUGUGGAGUACAGGGCGGACAUACUCGAAAUCGACCGUGGGAUUGUCAUACUUGCGUGAAUCAGUUGCGAAGGCCUCGUUCAAGCGAGCUCAGCCGGUGAUGGAGGGAAAAGUUCAAUCCAAGUGGAGUUAAACAGACAGCUGGCGGAAUUUCCAGAAGAGGUCAAGGAUGUGCAGAGGAAGGAGCGAUAAGAAAACGGGAGAUCUUAGCUUAUUCUAGUAUAAAGUCCCAAAAAUUGCUUUAAAAUUCAGCUUUCACAGUUAACAUGCUUUUUCUUACGUUAUUAGUUAUUUUUCCACCGUAUGUUCUUAACUCACGUUUUGGUUUGUUGUUAAAUGAGCAUGUAAAUUACGUCUAGAUAUACGAGACAGGCAAAAUAUGUUUGAAUUAUAUACCACCACUCGCAUUCCCUCUAUAACGAAACUUCAAAGGAAACGCAUGUACCUCCCAAAUGUCCUGAAAAGCGCGCCUUAUUCUACUCCACUUACAUGUCUCCACGCACUGCUCAACUAUUUUAAGCGAUAAUGCGUCCAAUAUUGAAAGCAUGCCUCGUAAAAUUUCUACCCUAGAUACGAAAAGAGUGGAGUUAUGCAGAUGUUUUUCUGUGGUCCAAAGUGCUACAUUGUCCUCCGUUUCGUGUACCGUAUAACGAUCCUGGUAGAAGAUACAAGCUUUAUCGUGCUCCCGGUUUGGGGUACUUGUAUUCCCAUUUUACCUAAAUAGCAUGAUACCUAGGGCACUUUUAUGUGACUGGUCCACGUUCGGUGUCUUUGCAAAAUCGGCUGAUAUUUUUUUCUGUUUUCUAUGGAUAAGGAGAUUAAAUUAAGGUCUUGAAUAAAAAGUAAAUUAAACUACGCACAGAUAGGUUUUGUCAUGCAACAAACAUUUGGUCAAGCAGAGUGUGCAAAAGUAAGGUUAAUCACAUUUGGGAUAUUGACGAUUCAUUUGCUUGUCAACUGUUGAUGUAAGCUGUUCACCACACCAGAACAUAUAAUCCACUCCUUCACUGUCCUUCGCAAAACAUCACGAGCAGUUUCCAUUUCGGUCGCACGAAGGAUGCGCAUAUUUGUCUUUCUCAUACUAGGUGGUGAUCAAGGUAAUUAAUGGAAGCGAAAAGGCGAGUUCCCUAAAGCAGUGCGGAGGAAGAAUGCGUGAUGACUGGAACAAGAAUUUCCGAAUUAUCACUCUAGCCCAUCAUCAGAAAGUACCAGGAGAGGCAUAAGGAAUGUGUUGCUCAUUGGACGAAGUCGCCCAGCAGUAACAGGCCUACACUAAUUAGCAGCACUCGCCUUCAUCUCAUGCGACCAUAUUUUAUGCAAUGACGGCUUGACCGUCCGUACCUGAGUCGUUAGUCGUCCUGAUUUUAUCGCUGUCGUUGAUUCUUGGUACGAAGAUUACUAAGCGAUUUGGCUUGCUAUCAUCUGAGCAGUUGGUCGCCCGCGCUUUGCUGUGUGGCUGGUUAUUUCGCUGAGGCAAAAUCUCAACACAGAAUAGGGAGGCAGAGGGUCAUUGCGUCUGCUAAUUGAAGGCUGGCAGGAGAACCAUGAUUCAAGCAACCCGCGGCCCACGUGGUUGUCACUUCUUGCAAGAAUUUCGAAUCCGUUAUAGUCGAAGGUGUGACCGGGUCACUUCGAAUGAACCGUUAGCUGGAAGUUAGUGUGAUUCCUCCUCACUGCUGCUGCAUGUUUGGUCAUUCGCUUUUGGGGCGAUCUUUCGGCUUUUCCGACGUAGUUGCUUUGUCCGCAACCGCACCAGAUUCAGUAAACAACUCCGGAUGCUUUGCUUCCAUGACAGUUGGUUUUUCGAUCUCAUGACCCGGCACCUAAUGGUUGCCUCCGGCCACUGUGCAACUCCAAGUCAAGUGGUGUGAACAGGCGGCUGACGGUUUCUGAGACGUUCUUCACGUACGGAGCCCUCGCGGAAACUUGGGGUCUAUUGGAUUUGGUCUCUCAUCGUGUUUACGCAUGUGCACCGGCUUAGGAAAUUGCGCGGGUAACCAUUCGUUCUAAGCACACAUCGAAGAUAUUGUACAUUAACAGCCUCGGUUCAUUGUAAUGUGUCUCAACGCUCCAAUGCAGCGCAUUGCGCAAUCUCGUUUGGAGCUGGUCGAGUGAUUGCUGUUGAAGCUCAGAGCUUGUGCCCAAUUAGUCUUUCUCCUGAACAGUUUACUUCCUAGGCAACCACAACCUUGGCGGCGGACGAGGACUUCAAGGAUGGCCAGCUGGUUGUUUACUUCCUCCUCCAUCAUGAAUUGUAUGUCCGGUUAGACGGAAUUGAGAUGUUCCUUGAAUGCCAUCUUCUAAUCUCGUUUGAGGACAACGAAGGUGCAGUCCACAUACUAAACUCGAAAUUUCGGUCUGUGAUGUCGGACGGCCAGUGACUCCAACCGUUGCAGAACCAUCUCAGUUAUGAGUUUCGAAAUGGGCGAGCCGAUUGGCCUGCCUUUUACCUGCUCGUCCACUGUUCCAUCAAAGGUGAGGCAGGUCUUGUGACUGAACUUCAUGAGUUGGAGGAUGUGGGCGUGUCCGAGACGAUUCUCCGUUUCAUCGUUAUUGUUCUCCAUUAGUACCUCUAUGGUUUCGGCUGCCAUAUCCUGUGGAAUAGGAAUAAAUGGGGAGCGACAUCAAAUGCUACCAUGACGUUGCUUUACAGGAAACUAACUCUUUUAAGUUUCGCCAAGAAUUUUGUCGAUCAGCUGACUAUGGUGUCUGAACCGGUGAUAAUCAAUUAAACACAUUGAAUCAGUCACUAUGCCAAUCGGUAUUCUGGAGUGUCUAUGCGUGAUAGGACGGGUCGGAGAGGAGCGCCCUCUUAAUACACAUUUAAGAGAGCAUAGAUUUGAGUCAAGACCGUUUCUUGCGUCCUCGUCGUGCGUCGCUCGGCCAGGUAUAUUGCAUUCGAGUACCUCAUCGCCAAUAACGCCGCUUUGCUUUCACAUGUCAGCACUUUAUGGGGUCGGUCUCGCAAAAGAAUAUAGAAUUAGUGACCCUCUGACAGGUAUUUGACUUAAUGAAGGUUGUCUGUCCUGUCCAAUACGACAGUGGACCGCUCCUUGUCCGUAGGCAGGAUAAAGAAAUCAUUCUCGACCUUGAUUCCCCCUUCUACACCGCGUUCGACCUUGGGAAGCACUUUUUACGACUUAUGAGUCAUGGGGAUUGGCAAAAUUUAGUGUCCUGUAGGAUUUCUCGUUUCGUCUGUCGCUUCCGUCUGACUAAAGAUUGAUUACUCUGCUGCAAUCAUGCUGACAGGUAUGACAGCAGCUGUGUUAAAUGAGGCUUCAUGCCUUAAAAUCUAUAUUUGUUCCUAUGUCAGUUCCUUUGACAACAGGUUGCGCACCAGCUCGCCAUCUUCGGGUGAAGUUGGACCAGUCAACUUGUGGAACUUGUUCUUCAGUACUGCUUUGCCAAUCGUCUUCUAUUCGCAGGCUCAUUCGGCCACCCUCCGAUGACGCAAUUUUGUACCGUUCUUGCCCAUGAGAAUACGAAACGUCAGGCCAAUAAGCUUCUUAUUCCGGUGGUCCCAUUUUAUUCUUCUGAACUACUUCCUGGUACUCGCUUUUUGACUUCCAUUGGUUGUCGUGUGCAUUAGUUCACCAAGUAGUUUCACAUUGCUGAGUCUGAUGAUAAUUCCUAAAGUUCCUUAUUUUUGCCGAAAUAUAUGACAGUUGACGGAAGCAGACACCAAAAAUUACAGAGAAUUUCCGCUAACUUGCUGUUUACUUAGUCAUAUUUUGCCCGAAUGAAUCAAAAUAGGCAGAUAUCCACCAAAAGCUGUAAACAUAGUUUCGCAUUCCCGAGUCGUUCGGCGUGCUACUUGCUACCAUUUACGAACCGGCAUCCUAGACUAUUAAGAGCAACUUAAAACAUUAUCAAUGAUAUGCGUUUGCUCGAAAACACGUAGAUUAUAUAGUAUGAUCUAAAAUUCUGCCUAGUGCAGGGAAAGAUCUAAUUAAUACAGACGAUCUUGUAAAAGAAUUAGACAAUUUUGUUGUCAUGAUACGUAGCCUAAAGGGAGGAAUCUCUAGCAGGCAGCCAUCAUGACCGGUCUGUUGCCAUUGUUCAAGACCUCGCUGCCUCGGGGUCAUUCACCCCUUGCAGCGAGCCGUCCCAGGCGAGCUGACCUGAAGCCACUCGACCGACUUCACCUCGGACACAAUUGCGUCCACACAGCGUCGCGGCUACCCAUGCGCCACUUGAACGCGCCACCCCCUGCGACCACAACCUAAAUCCAUUGGGACACCACCCCUCGGCAACUGCAACACACACUGACUGGCCACCGCUUGAGCUUGACCCAUGAGCCUACCAAAUAGGCUGCCACCGCUGUCCCAGUGACUCUCAGAUCUGACUGGACGCAAUCAACACCGGUCCUGGCUCGCCAGUGACCACUGCUGCCUGAAAGGAAAACUCUGGGUUUUGUAUGCAUUAAAUCCCACAUUCUGGUUCCUUCUGUCUUCUCUCUCAAACAUAGGAUUCGCCCUGAUUAUUGUAGUGCUCAGAAUGCAUACACUCACACCGCCUGCCGCAACACAUCGUUUGCUGACUAUAUCUUAACUGUUCGGCAGUCCUCCAAAAACUAUUUGUUUCUCGCCUACGUUGUCUACGCGUUUUCAGUGAAUAUGAUUAGUACAGCCAACCCCUAUAUACGCAAAUUUUUCCUGGUAUUGUGCCGUUAUUUACCACAUCGUCGUCCCUCGUCUGUGUCUGUAUCCCUUCGAACUUCUCAAUGCUUUUGACGUUCAAGCAAGGCGUGAUCCAUUUGCCCGCUGGCUGUUUUCUUAACGACUAGUCUCUAAAUUCUAAGCUUCCUUUCAUCUAGUACUCAAUCAGCCCUGUUAUUAAGCCUAAGAGUGUUUUGUUGCUAAGCCGCAUAUUCCCCAGCAGGUAAACUGUGUUUAUUUUUGGAAGUGCGCAAUUUAAACGCGACCUUCGUUGAGGAAUCGCCUCUAAGUCAGCUUUCCGUUUGAUGGAUAAUUUUAUGCUUUCACAAUUCGCAAAACGGUUAGAAUCUGGAAUCCCGACAUCAUUUCUUCGGGCUGAAAGGGGAAAACCAGCUCCUCUUUAUUUAUGGGACUUCAUAGUGGUUUUUAAAACAAGAAUUAGGUGAUUACGGUUUCUGUAAGGCUUUAUAACUACGGAUCAUUUUCAGCCUCGGUAAGUAGGAAAAAAGGAAGCUGUUCGAUUGCUGGAAACACUUCUCCAUUCCUGUGAGCUUUCGAACUCGUAAAGAAGUUCCUCGCCAGAGGUAGCAGCAACAACAGAACAAGCAGCACUUAUAGGGGGUAUGAGUCAAUCAAACAUCAAUGACGCAAGUCUGAAAGUGAUCACGCAGGGCUCUGUAUUCCGGCGCCAGGUCGAUUGACUGCAUUCUUAUCUGGGGUGCUGGCGUAGUCUAUUGUCUUUGUAGUUUCUAAGUUAAUUUUAGAGCCCGCUCAAAUUUCAGCACCUCACGAGUCUGUUCGCAUGUUGCCAAAAUACCUAUCUUACUUUUGCAGAAGAAACGUAUGAGCAGAUCCAGAGAACUCCAAUGGGUUCCCCAGUCCCCGGUUUAGUGGCAGAGCUGGUACCACAAGAGCUGGAAAAGAUUGCCAUUACCCAGCAGGAUCUGAUCCUUUGCGCCGUUACGUGGACGACACGUUUGUCAUCGCCAUGAAGAACAUAGCACAGAAUUACCAUAAACUGCUCAACUCAAUCCUCCAGUUGGGUAAAGUCCUAACGGCGAAACAAAAAUAACGGUCUACAGGAAGUCGACGAAAGCCACGCAACUUCUCAACUGUGACAAAAACCAACCCGUGGCUCGCAAGCGAAAUUGUGGAAGAACGCUCUUUAAACAAAUUCGGGUCCAUUGCGACAAACUGGAUGUGAAAGCGUGCGAAGCCUAAUAACUCAGCGACCACUUUACGCGGAACGGCUAUCCGAAGGCGUUUAUAAGCCGAUGCCCGUGUUCGAGCCCGGAGGGUUCAUCUGGAAACACUGCCCACGUCAAGGACGUUUCUGGGGCAACUGAACACAUUUCUGCUGGACUAGGUGUCGGAAUUGCACACCAUUGCUACCAUGCGCAGCAGGGUCAUGAAAGAAAAGGACUAAGUAAAUCCCAGUGAGCAGUCGGGUGUAGUGUAUCGCAUAAGGGCUAAUCUCCUGAGGUGGAUACAAGGUUUCUUGAUCGGUCGCUCUCAAAUCGUCCACGUCGGUGACAGGCAGUCGGAGGAGGUAGCGGUUGAAAGCGGUGUUCCACAAGGCUCCGUUAUUGGCUCUACCCUAUUCAUUAUAUACAUCAAGGACUGCGUCAGUGGACUGAAUUGUGAUGGCGCCAUGUUCACUGAUGAUGUUAAACUGUGGAACGUCAUCCGAACUGAAUUUGACGAAGAGCGCUUGCAGGCAGACCUGACCCGACACGAGAAAUGGUCACAGGACUGACUUUUGCCGUUUAAUGUGACUAAGUGCAAUGUUUUGCGAGUCGGCAGGACCCGAUCUCUAAGCCGGAGGGUUUACUACCUAAAUGGCGUACCACUGCAGGGGGUAGAUGCCCAGAAAGACUUGGGUGUGUGGUUAACGGCUUCUCUGAAACCGUCGCUCCACUGCUCCAAGGUAGCCAAGUCUGCGAUGUAAGUCCUUUACCUUGUCAAGAGAGCUUUCUCUACCUUCGAUGAGGACUGCUUCGUUAAAGUCUUUCGGACUUUCGUACGGCCACAGCUAGAGUUCGCUAUCCAGGCGUGGAAACCCUGGACCUCUAAAGAUCUCAGCAUCCUCGAGAAAGUUCAAAGGCGGGCAACCAAACUCGUAAGUGGACAGGGUUCACUACCCUAUGAAACACGAUUGUCCAAUCUCGGCCUUUUUCCUCUGACUUACAGACAGCUAAGAGGCGACCUUAUACAAACAUUUUGUAUACUUCGCGACCACAACUGCUGUAUCGUACCUGCUGAUUCCUUUGAGUUAGCAACCACAACUAACCUCCGAGGGCAUCCAUUGGAGCUACGUGUGACUGCCUGGACAUGCGAAAGUUCUUCUUUUGAAACAGAGUGGUCGAGGCCUGGAAUGCUCUGCCCACAGAUGUCGUCAUGUCCACUUCCGUCGAGGCCUUUAAGCGCAACUUGGACCAGAUUGCCACCAAUCGUCACAAUGCCACCUGAUAGAUUGUCUAGCAUUUCGUUCGAACAGUUUAUUAAUGUUGUUAUAUUACUUCCUAUAUUUCAGUAACGUUUUUUAAUAUUGUCUCAUGCCUGUCGAAUGUGCGUUGGCAUCUAAUUCGUCUCCUUCAGAAACUAAGAUAACACCAACUAUCCAUAGACAGACUACUGUACAGCAAACUUAGUAACGAUAAUGUUUUGAACUCUUGGAACAAUUCGUUUAUCUGUCUGGCUUCUAAAACUUUGCCAAUAUGAAGAAACUCUGUAGCUGUUUGAUGUUUCCAUUUUCAAAUUUUCCAUACAGUUCGCUUCCUUGUAACAAAUAGGGAGUUCAAAGGUUCAACACCUAUAUUUCCCUCAAAUAAACUGGACUGAACUGAACUGAUACCACACCUAAACUGUCCUUGUACUUUCAUUGGUCAGACUGAAUGCAUUCUCGGUCCCCGUACAUACAAACAUUAACUGGCUGUGCGGCGGGGUGGCGGGUUAUCACAGGCGGCUACCCACACCUACGCAACGGGUCACGAGUCUAACAUCGCAGCCACAAAAAUAAUCGCCUACGUCAGAAGCAAAAUAAGCCACGAAUUGAUUGAAGCCUGAACACGAGAUGAGAAUACGCUCAAUCAGUCUGGCGCUGGAAUACAGAGUCCUGCGCGAUCACCUCCAGACUUGCGUCAUUGAUGUUUUAUUGACUCAUACCCCAUAUAAGUGCUGCUCGUUCUGUUGUUGAAGCUAUCUCUUGCGAGUCCGAAAGCGCACACAAACAGCUUCCUUCUUACCUAUCUAAACGUUCUACUGUUUUAUUGUCAGUAGCUUAUCCGUUUUACAUAAAAUCGCAAUAAUGGGGAACUUAAUCCUGGGCACGCAAGGGCGUCGGAGGCAUUGUUAGAUAUGAAAUGGUAGUCAUCCGCGCUAGCUGUGGGUAUGUUUAAGUCGUUGGUCUGGUCUAACCUAGCUGACCUGUGCAUAUGAUAGGUAUUUAUCUAGCAAGUGCGAAUUUACAAAGCCUUGAGUAAGAGUCCAGAAGGACUCUCACUCAAGGCUUCCCAAAUACCGUCAGAGGAUUGACCAAAAGAAGGAAAGGUUCUGCGAGUUCAUGGGCGAGAACGGCACAAAAAUGCUUCAACAGAGGGUGGCUGAAAGAAUCCGCGAACAGAUAACGACACGCAAAGCAGCACUAGAAAACAAAUUCCGCAAGCUCUCCAAUCCAGCGUCAUCCAAGAACGACAAACUGGUGCACAACCUGUCGUCAAAGGAGCUGACGGAGGAACAAAUGCAGGUGUUAAGGCAUGUGGUCUCAUUUAACACAGACGAUGCCACACCUGUCAGUAUGAUUGCAGCAGUGGAGGAAACCCUCAGCCAGACGGAAGCUAAGUCCAUUCACGCAGUCAUUGACAUGGACUUAAAACAGUAGUGGCCGAGAACGGAAGCCUGAGGUACCCGACGCACAACUUGCACUGGCAUUGGUUUUGCACUGCCACUGAACACAGAACACGAUCAGUCCAUCAAAAAAUCCCCUAUCCAAUUUAGUAGGCUUGCCCUUAUCCCAGAUUCUCGGACCUUGUAGAGUAACGGCAGUGUGGAUCAUAAUCAAAGGCCUUCCUGAAGUCGAUGCAAACGUUAUGGAAUCUUGCGUCUUAAGCUAGCGAGCGGGGUCACUGCUGCAUUGAAUGCAGUAUAUUGGUUGGACAGGUAUGGUUUCGUCGAAAGCCACUUUAGACACUGUCGAGCAAAUCUUUUUCUUCGACGAACUUCACAGUAGUUUUUUUGACUACUUCUUCCAUAACUGUGCAACAAAUGCAUACUAGGGUCACCGGCCGACAGUUGUUGGCACUUGUUCAGGUCUCACCCUUGUUAACUGGGUGUCUAUUCGUCACAUUCCAGUCAGGGAGAAGAGUUCCUCGAUCAAAGGACGGCUGGAAAAUUUACGAAAGCUGUCUGGACAGUCGACAAGCAAGCUGCCUCAGGACUUUUGUCGGUUUUAAGUUCGGAUACAGAGACUUACAUUCCUCAGGAGUAAGAUGUUCCUUCCUCACAUAUUUGGUGAGAUCGGUGCUUUCCACCACUGUGUCGUUUUUUCCCGUAAGAAAAUCCGUUUUAUCUGUGAAAGAAUAUGCGAAAAAUGACCUAAAUGUUCUGCCUUAACGUCAUUUUGAGUGAUGUUCUCAUUUUCUCCUUCCAACAUUGCGGCCAUCUCUUAUUUCUUUAAUCUGCUGUUGAUAUAGCUGAAAAAUACUUUUGGCUUAACCACGGUCCGUUUUAUAAUUCGCGUCUCGUACUCCCUCCGCGAUCUACGGACGUUUGACUUUGUCUCGUUCCACUUUCGGUAAAACUUUUCGCAGUGCGAGCGUUUUUUCUUUUCAUACACCUCAGAAGUUUGUUUUUUUCUGUUCACCUCCUUUGUAUCUUGCUCUAAACAGACUGGAUGAUUCCCUUUUUGGACCUGUUUGAUCGGACAGUUAUGAUGCAUAGCGUUGUUCAUAACGCCCCUGACAAUAUUCCACUCUACAUUCGGAUGUCCUGAUCUCCUGCUGAGAUCUACAAGCACGGUGGUUCCCGCUUCAUGGAUCACCUGACGGCACUCUUCCAGAAGAGGUGGAGUUAAAGAGAAGUCCCGCAGGGUGUCAAGGACGCCACAAUCGUGCAUCUUUAUAAACGGAAAGGAAACUGCCAGCUUUGCGGCAACCAUCUUGCGGAACAUUGUCGGGAAGAUCCUCGCUCGCAUUCUCCUCAACCGCCUGAAUCACCAUAGGAAACAAGGUCUCCCGCCGGAAGGCCAGUGCGGCGUCCGCCGUCAUCGCAGAACCACGGACAUGAUCUUCAUCGACACUAACUGCAGGAGAAGUGUCAGGAGAUGCGGACCCACCUCCACUCUAUCUUCAUGGAUCUGGCGAAAGCCCCCGACACAGUGACCCGCGAAGGACUGUGGAAAAUCAUGCUGAAAUUCGGCUGUCCCGAACGAUUCACAAAGAUGGUGCGUCAGUUCCAUGUUGGCAUGAUGGCGCGAAUAACAGACAAUGGGCUGUAUCAGAGGCAUUCGCAGUGACCAACGGAGUGAAGCAGGACUGCGUCUCCGUGCCUACACACUUCAGUCUCAUGUUCUUUGCCGUACUAAUGGGCGCCUACCGUGACGAACGGCCCGGGAUCCGCGUCGCCUACAAGGCUGACGGUCAACUCCUCAACCACCGGCGGACGCACUUCCAAUCGCAUGUAUCCACAACCUCUUUCCAUGAGCUUCUCUUCGCCAACGACUGCGCACUCAACAACACCUCCAAAGGGGACAUGCAAAGGAGCAUGGAUCUCUUCGCCGCCGCCCGCGAAAACUCCGGUUCAAUCAUCGACACGGAGAAGACAGUGGUUAUGCAUCAGUGGCCACCCGACGCUGUCUCCAUCGCUGCUCAAGCCAACAUGAUCGGCGCCCGACUGCAAGCCCUGGACGACUUCGCCUACCUGGACAGAACCCUCUUUCGCAACACCAAAAUCGACGGCGAAGUGGCUCGUCUGAUUUCCAAAGCCAGCCAGGCCUUCAGCCGUCUGCGAAACACGGUUUUGAAUCGACACAGUCACCAUAUCAGCACCAAACUGGAGAUGUACAGAGCUGUCAUUCUGUCGACGCUGCUGUAUGAAGCUGGAACCUGGACGGUCUACAAGAAGCAGGCAUGCAGACUAAACAACUUCCACGUCAGCUCUUUCCAAGGGAUAUUGAAGCUGAGGUGGCAGGACCAGAUCCCGGACACGGACGUCCUGGAUCGCAUGGGAAUCCUCACCAUAUAUAUCAUGCCGAGACAACUGCAACUGCGCUGGAGCGGCCAUUUGGUGCGCAUGGACGACGAACGGUCACCUAAACGACUCUUCUAUGGAGAAGUCGCCGCGAGUUUCCGCCGACAAGGAGGUCAAGUCCGGCACUACUAG